GUAUCUUAACAAAGGGGCACUACGACGGGUUGAACAACCUUAAUUCCGCCUUCGUGAUCCCUGCGUACUGUUUUCUUAUCCUUGCAACGGCAGACAUGUACAAAAUGAACCUGGUCUUUUUGAUUGGUGAUACGGUCGCAAAGGCUGUGUUUAUAGUAGUGCUAGGCCUGGGCGUGUGGGCUUUUACAAGAAAAGACACUUUCGCUGUACAGUUCGGUUGGUGGGUGACUACAAUUAUGCUGGUCACUGUGCCCAAUACCGUCAUCAUUGGAUUCCCGCUGAUGGACGCAAUGUACGGCUCAGAUGCAAUCUCGCUCGCUGCCCAGAUCAUCAUCGUGCAGGCGGUAUUUUGGUUCCCGCUAUGUAAUGUCUUGUGUCAGAUAUGUCAGGCAUUGCAGAAGGGAGGGGGAGGGGGAGGGGGAGGGGAAGAAAAACUGGCGGCAGCAGCAGCGGCGGCCGCGGCCGUGGACUGCAAUUAUAGCACGAACUUCAAGAAGAAUGCAUUGCUGCCGCCACGUGGCACAAUGGGAAUAAUGGCGGGAGGAGCCAAGGGGGUGACGAUCACGGGGCCUGAAAAAGCGCGGGAUGAUCGGCACGUGGAUCUCCAAAAAGGAGGCUCCGAAAUGGCGGGAAAGAAGUUGGUGAGCUCGGAGGCGGGGUUGGCGGGAAACACAUCCGACGCGGGGAAAUGUAAUCUGGAAGAAGACUCCGAGGUGGGGGCGGGAAAAACGUUGGGGAGUUUGGGAGUGGUGGUGGCGGGGGCGGGAAAGACGUCGGGGGUGGAUUGGGAAGGGUGGGGCUUGGAUAAGAGAGGUGAAUCAGAUGAUUCUGAAGUGGGUCGUCGAUUCGAGUUUGAAAACGGAAGUCCCUCUUUGAUGACAGGAUGGAACUUGGAAACAGUGCACUGCCAGGUCAUCAGUCCCGCAGGACCCGCAGCCAUGGCCGUACAGAGGGAAGCGUCGCUGAAGCACCUGGACCUGGACGGGCAGAACGGGGUCGCAACGGCAGAUCCCGACGGGUCGGCAUCGUAUCUCCAACCUGCACAGAAUGAAAGCAAGGCUAUGGCGACAGCUGACUUGGAGUAUAACUUCUUCAUCUCUAACCACAGGGAAGCUUCUAUGGAUGACGAGCACGGUUCUUGCCCUUGGGCUUGUACUCAAACUGAGGCCCAGUGGAACGAUCUGGCAAAUACUCAGACUCAGAGUCACAGUCAGAGUCAGAGUCCGAGUCCGAGUCGGACUCAGAGUCAUCAGAGCCGGGUUGCCGACGAUGAAACGGAUUCUGGAGUGAUAUGCAACAGAGGAUGUGUUCCUGGUUUAUUGGGCGGUGAUCGUCAUCAUCAUCAUCAUCAUCAUCAUCAUCAUGGGGAGAGGAAGAAUGAUGAGCGAAAGAAUGCUGAUAAUGAAAAGAGCUUUGCCAAGGGUGACCCCGCCUUGACGUCGAUGGUGGAUGUGAAAGUGGAAUGCCCACAACUUUCUGAAGGAUCCGAUUCGUUGCAGAAAUCCGGCGGUGCGCCGGCAUCGCACAAGUCUACUGAAGUAGCAACUCUCAAUGAGCAACGUCUCUCGUCUUCAGAAAUUCUCCAGAUGUUAAAAGUGAGCGGAAACGCGUGUUCUCGAAGCCCGAUGAUGUGGUCUGGAGUGCUUGGUCUCACCUAUGGUCUGCUUGCAUCACGGUUCGGCUUUGGGAUGCCCGAUGCGUUGAAUAAAACACUGCUUAUGCUAAGCAACAUGUGUCUCGGCUUAUCAAUGAUUAGCCUGGCUUCCAUCGGAUUGAUGUCCUAUCUGCUGGGGUGCAGAGGUUAUGUCCUCAAGGUGGCCUUCAUGCAAGGAGCCCUUCCUCAAGGUGUGCUGACAUUUGUGUUCGCAUCCAAGUUUGACGUCCACUCUGACAUCUUUAGCACGGGAUGUAGUGGCAGUGGCGACGGUGGAGGUGCGGGUGGUGGUGGUAGUGGUGGUAGUGGUGGUAGUGGUGGAUUGUGAAGAUGAACUUUGUGUAACUUGGCAUAGAAGUGCGCACAUUGGCAUUAUUAAUAAAGAGUACUAUUACAU